GGUGGGACGUGGUAUGGCGAGUACUUUAAGGCGCAUCACGUGAGCGUGUCUGCGAACACGGUGCUCAGUAUCCACCCUGUCGCUCCCUGCGAGACAUGCCGUUCUCAUGUUCACUAUGAGGAGGUGACUCGAUCAGGAGACGCGCUCUGCAUGCAGCUGAAGCUUUUAUGUGGAACAGCUGGAUCUGUUUUUUGAAAUUUUGUUUUAAAAUUAGGAAGUUGGAGCCGUUGCGAGGGGGACAGGGUUAAAACUGCGAGUUUGGCAGGUGUGGAUGAGGACAGCUGUGGUAAAUCCACUGAAGAGAAAGCACAUCUGAGGUGAGGCACGUCAUGAAAAUGGACAACACGGCCUCAGGAAGCUGGACAUUGGAAAACAAUCCGACAUCCUCAGCUGGAAAGAAUUCCUGCCACCCCAAUCUGAAGAUGUUUCUAGCAGCCUUGUCCUUUGCCUACUUUGCCAAAGCUUUAUCUGGCAGCUACAUGAAGAGCACAAUAACACAACUGGAGAGGCGGUUCGAGAUUCCCAGUUAUCUGAUCGGCAUCAUAGAUGGGAGCUUUGAAAUAGGUAACCUGCUGGUGAUUGCCUUUGUGAGCUACUUUGGUGCUAAACUCCACCGACCCAAGAUCAUCGCGAUUGGAUGUGUCCUGAUGUCAUUUGGGACCUUCUUGAUUGCCAUGCCACACUUCAUUAUUGGACGCUAUAAGAUCGAAACAUCUGUUAGAUCUUCAGUGAAUUCAACCAAUAACCUCUCUCCAUGUCCAGCAAGCUCACCUGAGUCAGCCAGGGCAGGUGAUAGGCCCUCUAUACUGCCUUCUAGAGGCUGUGAACGAGAGUCCAGCGUUUCUAUGUGGAUCUAUGUGUUUCUGGGAAACAUCCUGCGUGGGAUUGGAGAGACUCCUGUGCAGCCUUUAGGGAUCUCCUACAUUGACGAUUAUGCACAAUCUGAGAACGCUGCCCUUUAUAUCGGAUGUGUCCAGACCAUUUCCAUCAUUGGUCCUGUCUUUGGUUACCUGCUGGGGUCGCUGUGUGCAAAGAUCUACGUGGACAUUGGCUAUGUGGAUAUGGAAACGGUGACUAUAACCCCUGGUGACGCCCGCUGGGUGGGGGCGUGGUGGCUGGGCUACUUGAUCGCUGGUACCAUCACCCUCAUGUCUGCUAUUCCUUUCUGGUUCCUCCCUAAAUCUCUGCCCAUGCCUGUAGAGAAACAUGACACCAGCUGCACUCCAGAGCAAACCAGGUUCAUCAAAGAUUCUCCAAGCAUGGAGCACAAAUUUAGACCCGAGGAGCCGGCUAAUUUACAUCAGAUGGCCAAAGACUUUGUGCCCACACUGAAGUGUCUCCUUGGAAACCCCGUUUACAUCAUCUAUUUAUGUGUGACCAUCAUCCAGUUCAACUCUCUCAUCGGUAUGGUCACCUACAAACCCAAAUACAUCGAGCAGCACUAUGGCCAGUCAGCAUCCAAGGCUAAUUUUCUCAUGGGGAUGAUAAACAUCCCUGCGGUGGCCCUUGGGAUGUUCUCUGGAGGAGUUGUCAUGAAGAAGUAUAAGCUUGGCAUCAUGGAAGCAGCCAAAUUUGCAUUUGGGACCUCCUUACUGGGCUACUUCUUUUCACUUUUCUUCUUAGCUAUGGGCUGUGAGAACUCCAAGGUGGCGGGCAUCACAGUUUCAUACACUGGAUUGGAAGGCCUGUCUUAUCAGGAGCAGUCUCUCCUCUCCAACUGUAACUCAGGAUGCUUGUGCUCAAAGAGAGAAUGGGAUCCAGUGUGCGGAGAGAAUGGGAUCACGUACAUGUCUCCUUGUUGGGCCGGAUGCACCUCGUCCAUUGGAUCUGGCAGAAACACGGUUUUUAAUAAUUGCACUUGUAUAUCGCUGGCUGAAAACCCUACCGGCAACCUGACAGCCACUCUGGGCCAGUGUCCACGCAGAGACAGCUGUGACAAAAUAUUUCCAUACUUCCUGGCUCUGUCUGUGGUCAGCUCCUUCAUCAUCUCUCUGGGGGGAACACCUGGCUUUGUUCUGCUAGUCAGGUGUAUUAAGCCGGAGCUAAAAUCCCUUGCUCUUGGAAUUCACACCUUAGCUACUCGCACCCUUGCUGGAAUUCCUGCCCCAAUAUAUUUUGGAGCAAUAAUUGACAAAACGUGCCUCAAGUGGGGAUACAAAAUGUGUGCAGGAAGAGGAGCGUGCAGAAUAUACAACACCUCAUCCUACAGGAUCGUAUACCUGGGCCUGACGCUUGGCUUGAGGACGGUCUCUUUCUUCCUCUGUAUCCCUGGCUUUGCUCUUCUCAAAAGACACAUCAGGAGAGAGGAGAAAAACGCCCUGACCAAUGGGAGCUCAGAGUUAGAGACACUACAGAAGGAAGACAACAGCUUCACGCACUGUGAGCACUUCAUACCCGCGUCAGACCGCAAUCCUGACAGAGAGACACGUUUAUGAGCCUCAGCACAAUCUGGUCUCUUACGGCCAAGCUCCAUAGAGCACAUCGCAUGUACAGAGAAUCACUGUGGACACUUUUCGUAGCACACAAAGUAAAUAUUUGUACAGGAUUUGUGGAGACAUAUGUUUUUUUUUAAUUUCUGGAAUGUAUACAUUCAUAUUGUUGUGUUUUUUUCAUUAAUUGCAACCUUUUGUAGAAAAUGAAAAAAAUUAAUU